AUGACGAGCGACGACGCGCGCGCGUACGAUCACCUGGUGAAAAUCCUCCUCGUCGGCGACUCCGGGGUCGGGAAGUCGUCGCUGCUCGCGCGAUUCAUCAGCGAUUCGUUCGACGAGCAGGGCCCGACGGUGGGCGUGGACUUUAAACUGAAACACGUCGACGUCGACGGGACGAGGCUGAAGCUCACGGUGUGGGACACCGCGGGACAGGAACGGUUUCGAACGCUGACGAGCUCGUAUUACAGAGGCGCGCACGGGGUCGUGUUCGUGUACGACGUGACGUCGAGGGAAAGCUUUGAGAACGCGCGCGAGACGUGGCGAAAGGAGGUGGAGAUGUACGGAACGAUCGCGAAUUCGGUGAAGAUUGUGAUUGGAAAUAAGAUCGAUAGGGAAGAUGAACGAACGGUGGCGCGGAAGGAGGGCGUGGCGUUCGCGAAGGAGUAUGGGUGCUUGUUUCUGGAGUGCAGCGCGAAGACCAAGGUGCGCGUGGCGGAGGCGUUCGACGAGUUGGUCAAGGGGAUUUUGGACGCGCCGGGGUUGUUGGUGGACGAAGUCGACGAUGGGGUGAAACUCGGCGCGUAUGCCGAUCGCGCGGGCGGUGGGUGCUGCUGA